AUGAAAAAAUUACUGAAAAUAGGAAGGCCUAGAAAUUUUUUAGACCAAUGCAUUAUUAUUUUUUGUUAUACAUCAAUUAUAUUUUUGUUGUCAGUCGAUUUAUCCUAUCAACAACAAUGGUUUUAUUUAAUUCCUGGCAUGCAACAACCCCAGCAACAGCCACAACAAUUUCAGUUUGCCUAUUCCCCAGAAUUUCAACAAUUUAGACUACAACCUUUCCAACAACAAGUUAAUAAUGACAUUCCUUCAUUUCAACAAACAACAUUACCUUCCCAAUUUCAACAACAAGGAUUUCAACAAUCUCCACAACAAGAAUCCUUCAAUCAUCAUCAACAACAACCAUCUAACGGACAAACGUUUUUACAACCUCAGCUUCGACAAGAAACUAGCACAGUUUUCUACAAUAAUAAUCAACAGAAAUUAAAUAAUGCUCAAUUAAAUCAACAAUUUGUACCUCAACAAUCUUUUCCUCAAGGCACUCAUUUUCAACAACAACAUCAUCUAUUAAUGCACACUUCUUCGCCUAAUGAAUUUCAGGAACAAUUGCCUGAAUUGAUUAAACCUCCAAAUAUGAUGGGAAGCGCUUCAAGCGAGCAAAAGCAUUUACAUAGGGAGCAGCAACAGCCGGUUCAACAACAUCAAUUACUUCCUCCACCCUUAGCUCCUCCACAAUGGGCAUUACAACAAUCACAGCAGCGCUUCCAGAUACCUCAACAACAGCGUGCUCGUGUUGUGCAUAUUCAGCCUGUUCAGAUUGGUCAAAAGGAAUUUCUUAAAAUGUUACCAAACGAAUUACAAGGUGGACAACCACAACAAUUAAUUACAACAACAAGAAAAACAACAAUACCAGCAUUAAUUACAAAACAAAGAAAUAAACAACAAAGGCCAAUGAAAGUUGGAGAAACAAACAAAAAAGAAUUAAUUCAAACAAAUGUGGAAUUUGAUCUACCUCCACCACCUCCAUCUAGAUUUUUACCUGAAAGUGAAAAAGUUAGAAUUUCUGAAUUAAUUCGACAAAAUAAAUUAUUAAAAAAUAUUGCAAUACAAGAGGAAGGGAAAGAAUUAAUUACUCCAGUUACUUCAUUCCCAACAUUGGUUUAUACUAAAAAAUUACUUCCAACUUCAACAAUACCACCACCAACUAAACUUCCCAAAAAAUUGACAACACAAUCUUUUUCACAUAAAAAAGAUGCUAAUAAAGUUUUUCUUGAUUGUUGUAAAAGAAAAAGAGUCGCCAAAUCAUGUGAAAGUCGUUCAAGUAUGUUUCUUGGAAGUGAUAAAUGUCCAACAGAAUUUGGAUUAGAUUUAUUUACAUGUGCAGCACAAGAUUCUGACCACAGUUCUUGUUGUAAAUCUAAAAAUGUUCAUUCUACGGCUGCAGGAGACAAAUGUUUGGCUUUUUGUAAUUUGGCUCCAGAUGCACCAAAAAUUCAAUUAGAUGCCAGUUAUUUACCGUGUUGGGCUGUACUUAAUGAAGUUAAAUCUUGUUUUCGAGAGGGUAUAAACAAAACUUUUUAA